CUAUUAUAAACAAUGACUAACACUGAACAAGCUUAUGGAAAGUGGAGAUCCAAAUACAUGAAGACCUAUAAAAAUGGUCUCUACGUUUACUAUAAAGAAAAAAGUGAAGGAUCCUCUGCCAUGACAUGUUCCGAAGCUCACGGCUAUGGUAUGCUUAUUGCUGUACUAAAGAGAAACAAACAAGAUUUUGAUGGCUUGUAUCGUUAUUUUCAAUCUUGGAAAAACAAGCGGGGACUGAUGCAAUGGCAACAAAAGUCUUCUGGUAACGGCACUUUUGUUCCUGGAGAUGAAGGAGGAGAAAAUUCGGCUACUGAUGGCGAUAUUGACAUAACCACUGCUUUAUUUCUUGCUGCCAAAGUAUGGGGCAAAGGGGAAAUUGACUAUCGUGCUGCUGCCACUUCAUUAGCCUCCAACCUCUGGAAGUACUGCUUCAACCAUGACACUUUCCUUCCCCUUGUAGGUGAUUGGGCUUCUGCGGGUGACUCAGCUCAUGUCUUGACCAGACCUAGUGAUUUUAUUUUAAGUGGUUUCCUCACUUUUUAUAAUGAGGAUAAAGCACGUCAGGAAAUCUGGGCAAAGGUAAUUAGUGCGGUCAUCAAGACCUAUCAAGCUCAACUUGCACUUCAUCCUGAUACGGGUUUGGUUGCUGACUUUUUGACUUUGGACUCCAAAACCAAAACCUAUAAGCCCGUUACGAAGCAAGUUUUGGAAAGUAAGCAUGAUCCUGACUAUAAUUGGAACUCCUGCCGUGUACCUUGGCGUUUGGCUCAUUACUUCAAGCUAUCCAAGGAUGAAAAAGUAAGACCUCUUCUUGAGGCAGAAGCGAAAUUCUUUGGUGAUGUAUUAACCAGGGGUCGUAAUGAUACUGAGUGUCCUAUCCGAGCUGGGUAUUAUCUAAAUGGAAAAUCCUAUGUCAACUACAGCGAUAAGGCCUUCAAUGCACCCGUUAGCUUUUUAUUCAGAACUCUUGGUCAAACUCAGCAGUUGCAACAGAUCAUGAAGUAUAUCAACAAGGAUACAGAGUCAAGUUAUUAUGGCGAUACGAUAGCCAUGCUUGGUUAUCUGCAAGCAGAGAAUAGUAGAUUUCGAAUACUAUUUAGCGCUUACACGUUGUUAGUUGCAGCAGAUAAUAGCCUUAUUACCGUCAACAACCCAGUAGCAAAUCAAGUAUUGACGCCAGGUCAGCAAGUUAUUGUCCAAUAUACAGUCAAUGGAAUACCGCCAAAUGGAAAACCUGUUACACAAGAGAUUCCCAACUAUCCCAAUUCAAUGGAUGUAAUCUUUCGCUGGACAGGAAAAAAUUCCAUCAGUAACGAGUUUAUCGCUUUGAAUGGUUUAAAUACUGAUCCAUAUCCCGGCAGUCUCAAAAAUCAAGUCUAUAGUCAUCGAUGGAAGUUACCCAACUGCCACUUCUUUCGUCGUUAUCAGCCUUCCGAAUGGACAUUUGCCAUGAUUUUUCAAACACAGUACUCAGAGAGCUUACCCGUUCCAGUGAAUCACCAUAACGCAACCAAAAAAAUAGUAGUUGUACCUUUAGGUCCAAAACAAUCCAACAUUACGCUUCCUCUUUCUGUGGUUUUUAAUGCUACUCUAAUGGCAGAUCCUCAUCAUAAAGGCUGUUAAAAAAAACAGUGUACUCACUCGUUGAAAUUAUUGUCUUCUACCCAUUUAUAAAUUUGAUUGAAAUAUUUGUCUUUAGUUCUUAAUGUACCAAGCAUGUCUAUAAUUAAUAUUUUAUUUUUCACUAAUAUCAGUUGUUU